AUGAUGCGCGGCAAAAAAUUUAUAACUUACUGGUACCGGUGGAUUUUUAUAUGCUCAAUCCAUCAAUUUUUAUUUGCCUCAGUGGCUCAAUCCGAAGGAAAUACUAUACGAUACCAGACCAGUGAGGAGGACGCACCAGGUACAGUCAUCGGAAACCUUGCCAAGGACAUGUCCUUGAGUCUGUCUCAUUCCUCCAAGAGCAAUUUUAGGAUGAUGAAACAAUUCAAUGAUUCAUUCAUCAGGGUGAGAGAAAGCGACGGGGAACUGACUGUCGGGGAACGAAUUGACAGGGAAAGAAUCUGCAGACACACUCCACAGUGUCUUAUUACUUUUGACGUGGUAAAUUUCUCCAAAGAUCGCUACAAAUUGAUUCACGUUGAGGUGGAAGUAAAGGACAUCAAUGACAACUCUCCGGAGUUUCCAAACAAGGAAUCCGUAGUGGAGAUCUCAGAGAAUGCAGCAGCGGGGUCCCGUAUCCCUCUAGACCCAGCUGUGGACGCUGACGUCGGGUCAAACUACAUCCAAAGCUACCAGAUUUCUGUCAACAGUCAUUUCACCAUUGAUGUGCUCCUGAGAGCGGAUGGGGUUAAAUAUGCGGAAUUGGUGCUAAUGAAAGAGCUAGACAGGGAGACUCAGUCAUCAUACACUGUGGAGCUGGUCGCCACAGACGGAGGGAACCCAUACAGAUCGGGGUCAACAAAGAUAACUAUCAAAGUGACUGACUUUAAUGACAAUAGUCCCGUUUUUGACCAGAAUAGUUUCUCAGUCAGUUUGCCAGAGGACGCGCCAGUUGGCACUGUCAUCCUGGACUUAAACGCAGUUGAUGCAGAUGAGGGUUCAAACGGAGAGGUCGUCUACGGGUUCGGAAAACAGGUUUCUCACGAGAUCCGAGAACUUUUCCAAGUGGAUAAUAAAUCGGGUCGCCUGACGCUCAGGAGCCCGGUGGAUUUUGAGGACAAAAGCACCUACGAGCUAGACGUGCAGGCGACUGAUCUGGGACCUAACCCGACCCCCUCCGUGUGCAAAAUCAUAAUUCAUAUCACAGACGUUAAUGACAAUGCCCCAGAAAUCAGUAUCACCCCGAUGACCUCCAUCACGACAGGCAUCGCCUACAUCAGCGAGGCGGCAGACAAGGACAGUCUGGUGGCGCUGAUCAGCACCUUGGACAGAGACUCGGGUGUUAACAGCCAAGUCCACUGCACAUUGUACGGCCACGACCAUUUCAAACUCCGUCAGGCGUACGAGGACAGCUACAUGAUAGUUACAGCAGCAGCCCUAGACAGGGAGAGGAUUAGUGAGUAUAACUUGACGGUCAUGGCUGAGGAUUUUGGGUCACCUCCGUUGAGAAAGAUCACUCAGUACACCAUUAGACUCAGCGACGAGAAUGACAACGCCCCUCACUUCACUAAGGCUGUCUAUGAAGUUUCAGUGGUGGAAAACAACGCCCCGGGGGCUUACAUCACCACAGUUGAGGCCAGCGACGCGGAUCUGGGCAACAAUGGCAAAAUUACUUACAGACUAGUGGACAGUGUUAUCAUGGGGUCCCCAGUGAACACCUUUGUGUCGCUUAAUUCAGUGUCUGGCUCUAUAUAUGCACUAAGAAGUUUUAAUUAUGAAGUAAUGAAGCAUCUAGACAUACACAUCCAAGCCAGUGAUGGGGGGUCACCACAGCUGCAGAGCACAGCUGUCAUCAGACUGAAAAUAGUUGAUCAGAAUGACAACCAACCUUCUAUCAUAGAGCCACCCCUUUACAAAGGAUCUGCUGAGGUUUUCCUGCCCAAAGAUGCACCUGCAGGUUAUGUGGUAACCCAGAUAAAGGCCACAGAUGCUGAUGAAGGCACGAAUGCACAGCUGUCCUAUAAAAUCACCGAGGGGGGACACCUGGGUUUCUCCAUCAACAAAGACACGGGGAAGGUGCACGUGAGCCGACAGCUGACAUAUGAUCUCACAGACAAUGUCAAAGUCACAGUGUCGGUCAGUGACAAUGGAUCCCCUGCGCUUACCUCCACAGCCAUUAUACACUUAAGUUUCAUAGAGGGUACUCUCCCCAGCUUGCCUUCCUUUGCUCAAAAUGGCAGCGAGGAGCUCUUUGAAUGGGACAUGUCCAUAGCCAUAAUCAUUGUACUGGCAGGGAGCUGCUCUCUCCUCCUGCUGGCAAUCAUUCUCAUCACAACCAUUUGCAGCCGCCGGAAAAAAGAGACAAGGGAGAGGGGGUGUGAUGAAAAAGACGACAUACCAAAUGUGGAGAAAGUGGAAAGUGGUCAUAUUGAUUCAGUGAUUGCCAACCACAAAGGCAAAGUGUUUGAUGCCCAUCCAUUUCCAGAGAAACCUCCAUUGGCCGGCAGCAACACAGCAGAGCCAGGCUGCGAGGAUGGAAGGCAGACAGCAGGUAUCUUUGAGUCAAACAGCAGAGUGAUGGAAGGUAAAUUAAAGGGUUAUUCUACACUUCCAGGAUAUGGGAAAGAAACUGUCAGACCAAUAACAAUAUGGAAGGGUAAUUCAUUCACAACCAUAUCAGCAAGAGAUCCCCACAUCAGUGGCAAGGACAGUGGAAAAGGGGACAGUGACUUCAAUGACAGUGAUUCUGACAUAAGUGGAGAUGUGCACAAAAAAGAGUCGCCACCAAUGAACAGUCUCUGGGCUUGUACAAGCGAGUGCAAAGUGUUGGGACACUCCGACCGAUGCUGGAGCCCUUCAGCUACAAGGCCCAACACGAGCAUGGCCUGUGGACCGCAUCUGUCAACGUUCUCCAAGACAGCUUCACUUCCCCGGGACAGCAGGAGGGAAAACUACUAUCCAGCUCACAUAGCCAAAACCAACGGUCUGCAAAGUGUGUACGAACAAGUUCAACACCAGGAACUUGAUUAUAUUCUCGUUGGUCCACCAACACCGGCCAGAAUACAGGAAACAGAUGAAAUAUCAAUCCCAGAGUAUACAAACUCUUAA